AAUGAACGAUUAGUAUCUCUCUUCAGUACUACUUUGAAGGCCAAUAAAGAGUUUAAUCAUUCUUAGCCAUACCAAUGCAUAAUUGGGAAACAAUCAAGCAGAAUAUGCGUCUAAUAAAUUGAAUAUAUGUAUUUAGAAUGGAAUCGUAUCAUAUCGGCAGGCGAGAUUACGAAAACUGCGUUCGUUAUCAUUGUAGACAACGACCGUGAUAACAGUGACUCAAAGACUGCGUGAAAAUAGUUUGUUCGGUUUUGUAAUAAUCAAAAUACUGAACGAAUACGCGGUAAUUGGUAUUUCAAACUUUGAACAAGUUUUUAAGCAGAUUAAUGUAUUGGCAUGUGUUAGAGAUCGGUCAAUGCACCCUUCGCGGAUAUUUUUAUUUCUACUCGGUCAUAGAAGUAUACACGAUCGGUGCGCAGUUUCGUUAGAUACGAUAAUCUUGUAGUUACCGACUAUUUUCACCCGAUAUGUAACAAUAACGAAAAGAUAUUACGAAUUAACUGGUAACCAAACAGAAAUUAAGCCAAAUGAAUCGUAAACAAAAAAGUCGAUAGCACUGCGACGUUAUAACACUUUUAAAUAUUUUGUUCAAUCAGUAGUUACGUAACACACGGAUAAAGAGUAUUAGCAGAUUUUCGUGAUUUCUUUCGCUCUAUUGUAAUUCAAUUGUUCUCUGUUUAAGUUCGUAUUACUUGCAACGAUUAUUGAACGCGAUCGACAAGGAUGAUCAAGCAAUACCUUGAAAGAAUAGUAACGGAUUGACAAAAUAUUUUGAUAGUCGGAAGAUUAAAGAUGCAUCUGGUAGUAUCGAGGCAAAUCUCAAUCGAAAGAUUCGGGUAUGCAAGUGCCUGAAAGUCGAACAAAUCCCUACAAAGAAUCAUUCAUCAUACGUUUACGUUUCGGUAACUAGAUUCUCGAACAAAUCGAGAUCAACAUUGUUGAAGAAAAACAACGCGGGACUAGCUGGGACUAGCGACUAGCAACUAGCAACACUCCACAAAGAGCCGCUGUCACUGAGAUGGCUAGGUUGGCUGCUGCCACGCCGUUAUCCAGUUCCCGUCCCAUUUCCAAUGCUCCCUCUCCUUUAGCGUUCACCUCUUUCUUUACACAACUCUCUGUAUCUGACACUAUCGUGCGCGCGCGCACGCAUAAACGCAUGACCGAGAGAAAGAAAAGUGUAGUAAAGAACGAGAAGGAAAGCAAGAGGAAAAGGGAGAUGGAAGCAAGUUCACGCACAAUAUAUGCGUGCGACAAGUCGCGUGCCGUUCGCACCUAUCCACACGAGUCGGAUUCUCUUUCUCGAAGAGAGGACAUUCUGCGCACGCAUUCUCCCCACCUUGCGUGCAUUCUUCCUUUUAACCUGUCGAUCGAGAAGUCCCUGGCCAUCUUGUAACAACAUCCCCCUUUGACACUCUUAACUUUGUAAAUAUAUCAGCGAACAAGAUUCUUCAUGUUUGUUGUUGCGCACGAAACAGUGGGUACUGAUCUUGGUUGAAAAAUAGAUUAAUUACGUACGUAGUGAACAGGUUGUGAUCGUAACAGGUUAAUAUAAUAAAUCUUUUAUUGCAAUUAAAAAGAGAAAGUGCUCAUUCGUACGAUGAAUAGACAUACACGAUUUAUAAACUUCUGUCAGAGAAUGGGUACGGAAACGUAAUAGAAGAGUAGAGUGACUUUAGUCGGCCUAUGGCCGUCAAACGUAGGCCAUUUUGGUAACAUUACUUCAAUUAACUAAGGUCAUUAACGUCUCUAAUAGACAAUGUUCGGUAUACAGUAAAAUAUUUUUAUAAAUUAUUAUUGAUUCCAGAGUAGAUCGAGUUCAGUAAGAAAAAUUACUAAUUUCCUCGUUCAAACGCAAAUUAAUUCGUUGAAUGUGAUUUUCAUUAAAAAUUGUAGAAAUGUGAUUAAUGUUAAUAAUAGUAACGGAACUAUCAAAAAUAUCUUAUAUAAUUUUUGUAAUUUAAAUACUAAUUCAGUAUCAUUACAUAAUAAUGGCGGACAUUUUAACGAUCAUUUUAAGUAGACAUAUUAUAUGAUAUAUUGUAUGAUAUAACGUAAAUAAAUCAGAAAAAAAAUUGUAUUUCUAUAACAAUUCUACCAUAAUUUAUUUUCUUUAAAUAUCUUACUUUUAAUGCAUAUAUGUAAAACGUAAACGUUAAAUAAAGCUUAAUACAACGGUACAUAUAUAUAUAAGUCGAUGUAGAGAAGUUUCAUCUCCGAAAUUCAAAGUGGUAAAUCGCUUGAAUCACUGUUUCGAUAUUUUCCGGUAACAAGGAAUAAACGAAGCUAGGUUAUUUCACGAUUUCUCAGGUUAUGAAUAAUCACCGUUACGAAUAGUCCACGAUUAUUUACUAUAAAGAUAUCUCGAAGUAGAUAAUCGAAGCGAAGAAACUUGUACGUAAAAGUAUCGUGAACUAAUAAUAAUGAGUCUGAUUUAAAAAGCGUCAUAUGCAACCACCGUGCGACACCGGCCAUCAUCAAAUGGCGGCAGAGGAAUAAACGAAGUUCCCGUAGCUGUUGGACCGGCGGCGUGAACGUAAUCACGGCGUUCGUGGCCUCGCAGCGACUCGACCAAUCACGUCGAAACGCUAGGUCACGUGGAUGGUCGGACCAAUCAGGUGAACGGUCUAACGUCACGGUAACCAUACGGAGCCAGUCGGACAUUUUCUGACAAGCGUAGAAAAACUUCUCGUCAACAGCAGCCGCCAUUUUACGUUAGCCGAUACUCGUGCAGUGCGGAACUCUCGCGAUCGCUUUUCCCGAGCGAAUUUCUGUGGCGCGCGGUGGCCGCCCCGGAGCCGACUCAUUUCAUCGUCCUCGCUUCCUGGCGUCCGUGAUUGCCUCGAAUGUGCGAGGAAAGCGAGCCGCGUCCGCGGUGAUCGUUCGCGCGCCCCGUGUCGCAGUGUGCCAAGGCGAGAGAAGAGGAGAGGAAGAUGGUGCCAGCGGGCCUCGAGAGCGAUAUCGUUGCUGCGAGAUAGCGCCGUGCGCGCAGCCAGUCCGCCACACUCGAGUGUUUGACGAGUCGUGUGCGAUACGACUACUAAACGAAUUAAAACGCGAGGAGCUUGUUCCUGUAGUGUGUGCAUUUAAUACCACAGUGGUGAUCCUCGCGAUUAGUAAUACUCGAUAGUCCUGGUAACUUCUCGGUCUGUCCCGUGGCUCGUGCGAGUGGCCCGUGCGCCUGUCGACAAAAUUUACUGUGUGUGCGUGUGUGGGCUUUAGCGCGGGGUUCGACGUACCCCCCGACGAUGCCCAAUGGUUGAUCGUGUAACGAAGCGUGCUCGGGGACGCUCUACGCGCCGCGGUUCUCAUUGUUAUUGUCAUGCCUGCGAAUACGCUGAGAGUUUGGUGAAUUUUCGCGGCUUUGCCAAUGAGAAGAAAGAAGUAGCAGCAACAGUGACCAGCAUCAGCAUCACCAACAGCGGUCUUCUAGUGGCGUAGUGCAGCGUUUUGCUCACUCGUGUGUGUUACACCGUGUAUACGUUCCUGCGUGCGUGCGUGCUGCCUGUCUGCCUGCUGCCUGCCUGCCUGCCUGCCUGCGUGCGUGCGUGCGUGCGGUCGACUCGACGACUCGACGACUUGCUGCCGCCGCCGCCGCCGCUGCUUACUUCCUACCGAGAGUAAACAGCCCUGAAAGAAGAAAUAAUUAACCCUGAAAAGAAACCAUGGCCGACCACCUGGUGGACGGCCCGCCGAACAAGCGGCCGAAGCUCGGAGAUCCUUUUCAAGGGACUUCGGAUUCCGCGGUGGGUAUGGCGCCUCUAAUGAUGCACCAUGCUUAUACAAACUACGGGGGAGGUGGCAGUGGUAACAUGCAACAAAUGCAGGGCCCGCCACAACAGCUACAUCUGCAACAGCAUCAGCUGCAGCCACAUUGGAACAACCAUACCGUCCAGAAAAGAAAUUACAUAACAAACACAGAUAUGUUUGAUCUUGAGAAUGAUCUACCUGACGAUCUAUUGUCAUCGGGGUCCUGGGGUUCUGCAACAGAAAGUGCUAAACCCCCUGCAACAGGCCCAGGUCCAGGGCAGCAAAACGGUGCUCUUGACUCGGAACUUCGACAACAUGUACAGCAACAGCAGCAACAACUUUCUCAUCACCUAAUACAGCAACAAGGAAACAAGAAUUUGGUGGCUAAUUCUUUAGUAAUGGCUGCUGGAACCUUGGGUAACAAAAGUCCAAAUAUGCAAUCCCCACCAAACGUUUCUGUCUCUAAAGUAGUUGAUCCACAAAUGGUCGUGAGUCUGGGAAAUUUACCAAGUAGCAUAGCCAGUUCUUUGGCAAACAAUCAAAUGUCUAUUGCAAAUUCUAUGGGAGGCCUUCAAUCGUCGAUGAGCAUGGCUGGAAGUAAUCCUACCAUGUCGAUGCCAGGUGGAAUGAAUUCUGGUCUAGUUAUGACCAGCACUGCUAGUGGAAAUAAUAAUAUGGGCGGAAUGGCCGGUGGAAGUUUAAUUGUAACCAACAGUUUGAAUAAACAGCCUUUGAAUACUGUAACCAUGAUGGGCCCCAAUACUCAAGGAAUUCAUCAUCCUACCGGACCACACGGUGUUGCUCAAAUGCAAAAUGGACCUGGAAUAAUGAACACUAGAGCUGUAGCGCUGCAACAACAACAACAAGCACAUAUGGUUGGUGCAGCAAGAGGUCAAAGUCCACAUCAACAAGUACAUCAAGUUGGUAUUGUUGGUCCAGGCCAAGGAGGUCCGCGAAUGCAGGCUCCUCCAAACAUGGCCAAUAUGCAAAAUAUGGGACAAAUUGGUGCAUCCAGUCCUUAUGCUUAUGCAUCUCCAGCUAGUGGACCAGGACCUGGUGUUACUGUAUGCACUAAUAGUCCCGCUGGAGUCGUUGCACCUCAACAAAAAGGAGUAGGAACAAACAUGACAGCCAUGCAAGCUGCUGGUAGAUUUGGUGGAACUGCAGGACCUAUUGGUUCGGCUACCGUUGUGGGCGGUCCAGAAGGUGGUAUGUCGCAACAAGCUCAACCUCCUGCUCAGAGUCCAGCUCAAUCUCAAUCCGUUGCGCCAAGUGGAGUACAAUCUGGUCCACAGCAAGCUACUCAGGGCCAAAUAUCCAAUGCCGGUGCUCCUGCUGGUGCUACAAAAUCAACCGCUGAUCCAGAAAAACGUAAACUUAUUCAACAGCAAUUAGUUCUUCUGCUUCAUGCGCAUAAAUGUCAACGGCGCGAAAGUCAGGCAAAUGGUGACGCUUGGCAAUGUACUUUGCCAGAUUGUAAGACAAUGAAGAACGUGUUGAACCAUAUGACUGCUUGUCAAGCAGGGAAAAAUUGUACGGUGCCACAUUGUAGCUCUUCGAGGCAAAUUAUUAGUCAUUGGAAACAUUGUAACCGCAACGAUUGUCCUGUAUGCUUACCCUUAAAACAAGCAAAUAAGAAUAAAACUACGAAUGCUGCAGCAGCAUCUACGUCGCAACCAAAUAGUCAACCAAAUCCAACUGCAACUGAGAUGAGAAGAGCAUACGAUGCUUUGGGUAUUCAAUGUCCUACAACAACACCUGGUUUAGUACCUGGUCAGUGUGUUACUAGAAGAAUACCAGCACCAGGUAUGCAAGGAGCGACCGGAACAAUGGGAAAUGUCAGGUUAACUCAACCUCAAACUCAAACUGCUCCGGGUCAAUCCGUGGUUGGUGCUGGACAGCAAGUAGUCGCACCAAAUGUAUCUCUUCCUUUAAAUUCUGAUCCUAAUACCGUCGGGGUAACUGGUAAUCAGGCUGCGUCCACCAGUGGAGCCACGCCUGCUGCAGCAGCGGCUGCUGUAAAUUUACAGCAAUCGGUUAAUGUGCACCAGUUAUUUGGUUUAAACGAUUCGGGACAACUGAAUGUUGCAGCUGAAAACAGGUUAGCUAGUCCCCAACUUCCUGUUGGAGCUCAGCAAAGUCAAGUAACUGCAACACCGAUACAGGGAUCGAAGGAGUGGCAUCAAUCCGUAACUCCAGAUCUUCGAAAUCAUCUUGUGCAUAAAUUGGUUCAAGCAAUAUUUCCAACUCCUGAUCCAAACGCCAUGCUUGAUAAAAGAAUGCACAAUUUAGUUGCGUAUGCAAGGAAAGUUGAAGGCGAUAUGUACGAAAUGGCUAAUUCGAGAUCAGAGUAUUACCAUUUACUUGCCGAAAAAAUAUAUAAGAUUCAAAAGGAAUUGGAGGAAAAACGACAAAAGCGAAAAGAACAACAGCAACAGCAAUUGCAAGCCCAACAGCAACCUCAACCUGGAUCAUCGGGAGCAGCUGGCCCGGGUUUGAGGCCAUGUGCUCCACCGGGUGUCGGAACAGUUCCACCGUCACGACCGGUUGGAACGGUUACUCCUAGCCUACGUAGUCAUUCGCCCGGCAUGGGUCAACUUGGAACUUUACCUGCAAUGGGCAUUCCGCACAAUAGAAUGCAAUUUUCUCAGCAACAAGCACAACAACAACAAGUGCAGGUGCAAGCCCAAACCAAAGUUCAAGCUCAGGCCCAGGCGCAAGUUCAGCAACAAAUGCAACAACAACAGCAAGGAAUUUUAGUUGGUCCACCGGGUCCUAGUCCAAACGGACAGUCAACUUCUAACCCUAACGUUGUUUCAAAUCCUGGUCUUAGUCCAUUCGGACAACCUCAAAUGUCACAAGCAAAUUUAACAACUACUACCACAUCCGCAACAACUAGUCAAUUUCCAACCUCAAAUGGCACUUCCGGUUUACCUAACAGUUCUCCUGUACAGAAUCAACAUCAGUUUCCUGAUCUUAUGAAAGUUAGACUGGCGCAAGCUCAAGCAGCGCAAGCAGCCAUUGCGCAUCAGCAUCAACAACAACAACAACAGCAGCAGCAGCAGCAACAACAACAACAACAGCAGCAGCAACAGCAACAACAACAACAGCCACCGCAAUCGCAAGCACAGCAACAACAAAGUCAGUCACAACCACAGCAACCAACGAGCACUUCGAAUCAAAGCUCUACGACGACGUCGAUGCCUCAAGCACCGUCACCGUUCAGUGGUAUGCAGCAACAAAAUAAUCAACAAAAUCAGCAAUUCAACAAUAAUCGGCCUUUAUCCGUUUCAACACCUAACGAUAGUGGUAUCGGCGCGUCAACUCCUCAAACGAUACCACCUCCCGCGUCUAGCGGGCCUAGUCCCGGUCCAGCGACGACGACGAACGGACCUCAAUCUACAACUUCCACACCUAAUACACCGUUAGUUCCUUCAAUGAUGACUCCAAAUCAGACAGUUUCUUCCGCUAAUCAAACUCCGCCUCAUCCUGGUACCACACCAUCCCCUGCUGGUCUCGCAAGUCUUGGGAAAGGCAUGACAUCUCAAGAGAGGGCUGCGCUAAAUGCUCCAAGAGCUUCAUCUAUGUCUUCGCAAAUGGCCGCUAUCACAGCUGCUUUAGAUCGUGAUAAUUCUCCUAGUCCACCAAUGAAUAACAAUAAGGGAAAGCUGGAUUCUAUUAAGGAGGAGAGUAUGAAAAUGGAAAUCAAGACAGAGGAUGGUUCCGAUAAUCAUAGAAUGGAUGGUGGUAAAAGUGUAAACAACGAGAUGUCUAUCAAAACCGAAAUCAAAACGGAACCUAUGGAGGAAGGAUCUGGCGAGGGCAUCGUGAAGGAAGAAUCUUCCGGUAUCAAGGAAGAGCCUGUGACACCGAUGUCUGGACAAGAUACGGCGACACCGGACAUCAAACCAUUAGUUCCUGAGCCGAUACAGUCGAGCGGUACAUCGACGGACAAGAAACGGUUGUGUUUGUUCAAACCGGACGAAUUGCGUCAAGCAUUAAUGCCAACCUUGGAGAAACUUUACCGUCAAGAUCCGGAUUCUAUACCGUUUAGACAACCGGUUGAUCCGCAAGCAUUGGGAAUUCCAGACUACUUUGACAUCGUCAAAAAACCUAUGGAUCUUUCGACGAUCAAACGAAAGUUGGAUACGGGGCAAUACAGUGAUCCAUGGGAAUAUGUGGACGACGUGUGGAUGAUGUUUGACAACGCAUGGCUUUACAAUCGUAAAACUUCACGCGUUUACAGAUAUUGCACAAAGCUUUCGGAAGUUUUCGAACAAGAGAUAGAUCCUGUAAUGCAGGCCUUAGGCUACUGUUGCGGAAGAAAGUACACGUUCAAUCCACAAGUUUUGUGUUGUUAUGGGAAACAGCUCUGUACGAUACCAAGAGAUGCAAAGUACUACUCCUACCAGAAUAGUUUAAAGGCAUAUGGUCUUGUUUCCGACAGAUACACCUUCUGUCAGAAAUGUUUCAACGACAUUCCUGGUGACACUGUGACGUUAGGAGACGAUCCAACCCAACCUCAGACUGCCAUAAAAAAGGAGCAGUUCCAGGAAAUGAAGAAUGAUCAUUUAGAAUUGGAGCCUUUUGUUGUGUGUACAGAUUGCGGCAGAAAAGUGCAUCAAAUCUGUGUGCUUCACAUGGAAUCAAUUUGGCCGCUAGGGUUUACUUGUGAUAAUUGUUUGAAGAAGAAGGGACAGAAACGCAAAGAAAACAAGUUUAAUGCUAAACGUUUACCGAUUACAAAAUUGGGCACUUACAUCGAAACGCGAGUGAACAAUUUCCUAAAGAAGAAAGAAGCUGGUGCUGGCGAAGUUGCGAUUAGAGUCGUAGCAUCGAGCGAUAAAGUGGUCGAAGUGAAGCCUGGAAUGAGAAGUAGAUUUGUAGAAAACGGUGAUAUGCCUGGCGAAUUUCCGUACAGGGCGAAAGCAUUGUUUGCAUUUGAAGAGGUUGACGGCACAGACGUAUGUUUUUUCGGCAUGCAUGUGCAAGAAUAUGGCAGUGAAUGUACGCCACCUAAUACCAGAAGGGUCUAUAUCGCGUACUUGGAUUCCGUACAUUUUUUCCGGCCUAGACAAUUCCGAACAGCAGUCUAUCAUGAAAUACUUCUUGGGUACUUAGAUUACGCGAAACAACUUGGAUACACGAUGGCUCACAUUUGGGCCUGUCCGCCUUCUGAAGGAGAUGAUUAUAUCUUUCACUGCCAUCCCCAAGAACAAAAGAUUCCAAAACCUAAGAGAUUACAGGAAUGGUAUAAAAAAAUGUUGGACAAAGGCAUGGUAGAAAGGAUCGUACUCGAUUAUAAAGAUAUUUUAAAACAAGCAAUGGAGGACAAACUUUCAUCAGCCGCGGAUUUACCGUAUUUUGAAGGUGACUUUUGGCCAAAUGUUUUAGAAGAAAGUAUCAAGGAAUUAGAUCAAGAAGAAGAAGAAAAACGUAAACAGGCUGAAGCUGCUGAAGCCGCAGCCGCAAAUGCGAUUUUCUCGUUAUCUGAAGAUUCUGAAACGGGUCCAGAUGGAAAGAAGAAGGGACAGAAAAAGGCCAAAAAGUCUAAUAAAUCCAAAGCGAAUCAAAGAAAAAACAGUAAAAAAUCUAAUACUCCUCAAACAGGAAAUGAUCUCUCUGCAAAAAUUUUUGCGACGAUGGAGAAACAUAAGGAAGUAUUCUUUGUUAUUAGGUUGCAUAGCGCUCAAAGUGCAGCCAGUUUAGCACCGAUUCAGGAUCCUGAUCCAGUCAUUAAUUGUGAUCUUAUGGAUGGCCGCGAUGCUUUUCUUACAAUGGCUAGAGAAAGACAUUAUGAAUUUUCUUCUUUAAGACGCGCGAAAUUCAGUUCCAUGUCCAUGUUGUACGAAUUGCACAAUCAAGGCCAAGAUAAAUUUGUUUAUACGUGUAAUAACUGUAAGAGUCAUGUAGAAACAAGAUAUCACUGUACGGUUUGUGAUGACUUUGACUUGUGUAUAAGUUGUAAAGAGAAAGAUGGUCAUCCUCAUCAUAUGGAGAAACUUGGUUUAGAUUUAGAUGAUGGUUCAUCGCCGGCCGAUGCAAAACAAGCAAAUCCACAGGAGGCUCGUAAACUUUCGAUACAAAGAUGUAUUCAAUCGUUGGUACACGCGUGCCAAUGCAGAGAUGCUAAUUGUCGUCUGCCCAGCUGUCAAAAGAUGAAGAGAGUUGUAACGCAUACAAAGAUUUGCAAGAGAAAGACGAAUGGUGGAUGUCCAAUCUGUAAACAAUUGAUAGCGCUAUGCUGUUACCAUGCUAAACACUGCCAAGAGACUAAAUGUCUUGUUCCAUUCUGUUCGAACAUCAAACACAAGUUGAAGCAGCAACAGCUUCAACAACGGUUACAGCAAGCGCAAUUGUUGAGAAGAAGAAUGGCUGUGAUGAAUACGAGACCAACAGGUCCUGUUGGAGCGAUGCAAACUGGGCAGCAAACAUCGAAUGUUACUAUGCCGACUGGUGUUGCCAUGAAACCAGGAGUCAGCCCUACCAAUUUACCUUCGCCGCAUCAGCCUGGAAUAGGGUUAAAACCUGGCACGCAAACACCACCCGCCCAUGUCCUCCAGGUUGUUAAACAGGUACAAGAAGAAGCUGCGAGGCAGCAAGCGCCGCACGUGGGUUAUGGUAAAGUAACCCCAGGCGGAGGAGUUGGAGUCGGAGUUGGCGUAGGAGGACAGACGGGUGGAGUGAUGCCACCCCCCCAAAUGCAGCGGCCAAUGCCCGUCCAAAUGCCUAAUCCCGGUGGUACUCAUCUCAUUCCAAUGGACCAGUGGACGCCAAGCAGGUAUCAACCUAAUGCGGUGAUGCAGCAGAAUCCUGGUUUAAGGCAACAAACGCCGCAGCAAUUAAUGCAACAACAACAGCAACAUCAGGGACAGCCAGGGAUGGCAAUGGGAGGACAAAUGCCGAGGCAACCAGGAGUCAUCGGUGGUCCGGUCAGUCAAGUUGGACCACAGGCUCAAAACAACAUGCACAAGCACGUAUUGCAGCAGCUUAUGCAGACUCUCAAGAAUCCCCAUACUCCCGAGCAACAAAACCAAAUACUUCAAAUACUCAAAAGCAAUCCACCGAUAAUGGCCGCCUUCAUCAAGCAGCGGCAACAAAGUGGGCAGUAUGGCGGUGGAGUUGGACCUUUGGGUCCUAGUCAGCCGCAACAACAACCUGGUUUGCAGCAUAUGAUGUCUCAACAGCAACAGCAGCAACAACAACACCAGCAGCAGCAACAACAACAACAGCAACAUCAGCAGCAGCAACAACAGCAAGGUAGAAUGCAAAUACAAGCGAUGCUGAAUCAGCAUCAACAGCAACAACAACAACAGCAGCAGCAGCAGCAACAGCAGCCUGUUCAGCAGCAACCGCAAUGGUACAAGCAACAAAUGUUGGUGAUGCAGAGACAGCAGGCUCAGCAACAACAGCAGCAGCAACAGCAGCAGCAACAACAACAGCAGCAGCAACCGUUCACGCAACCACCGGCGCCUCCUUAUGGUCAACAGCGACCAAUAAGGCCGUCCCUUCUCGGUAAGAGUCAUUUGAUUCCCGACAAAACGAGAUUCGUCGAGCCGCUUGGUUCGUGGUCUAACGUUUGCCACGAUUCCGCGUAUUCUUCCUCAGGUUACGGUGGCUUUAGUGAACAAGGCUACGGUCAACCCGGUUUAAAACCAACUCCACCUCCGAUACCUUCUCCGCAAGGUGUGAUGGGACCUCCAGGGAUCUCUGUACAGCAACAGCUCAUGCAGUCCGUUCGAUCUCCGCCACCUAUUCGAUCUCCUCAACCAAAUCCUUCUCCGCGACCGGUUCCAUCCCCGCGCAAUCAACCAGUUCCUUCGCCUCGAUCAGGACCGGUGCCAUCACCUCAUCAUCAUCCACCUCACGGUACGCCGACCCAUUCACCGGCUCAUGAACUCGGUGGGCCAAGCGAAAUGAUGCUCUCGCAGUUGAACGGUGGCACUGGCGCGCCAACGGGACACCCGGGGGCCAUGCCUCAUCAUCCGUCUCCAGCACCACCGCCUACUAGUGGCACGGACUCCAGUGAAGUGACACCCAUGACGCCACAAGACCAACUCUCGAAAUUUGUCGAAGGAUUGUAGUGACUGUUAGUGAAGUCGGUCGAAACAAGUGACUACGUUAAUGGGCGGUCGACGAUGGUCUCGCAUCGUGCGUCAAUCGUUUGAAGGACGGUCCGCUGUUCCAGCUCUCUGUCAUGAGGCAGAGGGCGUAACCUCCAUCCGUUCUGCGUUCCUAGCUUCGUGGAGAUCAGGUACAACUACUUACGUCCGGUGCACUGGCACGCCAAGUGCUGCUGAUACUGAACCACGACGACGAGUCAAGGAGUACCAGCGAUCAAAUUAAUCCGGAUGACGCGUGUUCCCUAUUUCUAUCUACGAGUUAAGGUGCAGGAGCGAUACAGCGUGAUGUGGUGCUGCUUCAGAGAUGCUCCGGAAAGAUGCUACCAACUGGCACAAAUGGACGCUUUGAACUUCUUACGUUACUCUGUACUGUCGUAUCUCAAUCUCGGCUCCCUCCCCCAAUCGAGAACCGGUGGAACUAAUGUGGAUUAAUGUGCCCUCGCCUGAAAAAUCACACGCAUACACAUGACAGACAGACAGAACACACAUCAUAAUUCCCUACCUUACCAUUUUGCUACCCCCCCCCCCCCCCCCCCCCCCCCCUUUCACACACACGAUCUUUUUCAUCUUUACCACCUUCCCUCCGCUGCUGCUCGUGCAGGCUGAGUGAAAUCGUACAAAUGUGUUGUGUAUACUUAACGUUAAUUAAUAAUUAAUAGUUCAAAUACUAUUAGCGUAGCGAUUAUAUGCAGUUAUUAUAUACCACUAUUAUUAUUAUCGUGACGAGAUGCAAAGUAUAUAACAAAAAGAAAAAAAUAAGGACUGUGUAUGAAAUGGGAAGAUAUAAAAAAAAAAAUAACGAAAGAAUACCGACAACAUUGUAUGUAAGGAAGGGAGAACAGAAAUUUAGUGGAAAAGUUAAGUAAUGUUAACUUAGGAUAAUUUGUUAUUAAGUGAUCGCUACGACUGCCGAAGGUUGUACCUUUAAGCGGCAUUAAAUUUUAUGGAUCAUUCUGAAAUUAAUCCUCGGAUAAUCUGCUGGAUGCGAGUCGUCCUCGAUGAGGGAGAGAACAAAAAAAUGAGGACGAUUUUCUCCUCUUGACAGGACAGGCGAGACAACGCGGAUUAACGGUGUCGCAACCAAAAAGUAGAAAUUCACGACAAGCUGCUAUUUGCUAGUAUGGGAGGAUUUAUAUGAAUCGUGUUAAUUUUUGAAGAGAAAAAAAAUAGCUUUUCAAACACGGGGGUCCGAUAUGUACAGUUCAAUCAAAAUGUAGCUACGAAGCGUAACCGAAUCAGGAUCCCCGUACGAAAAAGCGUUCUGUACAUACUAUACUAUUAUUACGAUAAUAAUAACGAUUAUUAUUAA